UAAUUGAUGGCAAUGUUGUUUUGGCUUUGUUUACCUACGUUAAAAAGCCUGAGAAACACAAAAUAAUUGAAUGGUCUGUGGCACAGUAUGAAGAAUUACAGCUGCAUGCAAUUGCCACUUUGUCAUCAGUGGCUCCUUUAUUAAUAGAAGAGUAUAUGUUGUGCCAGGGAAAUGCUCGAAUCCUGGCGUUUCUAAAAUGGUGUGAGAGCGAAGAUUCCUUCAUGAUUCAUGGUAACAGUUUUCAUGGCACAGGCGGCCGUGGCAACAAGCUUGCCCAUAUGCGUUACACGUUAAGGCUCCUGAGAGCCAUGGUCUCCCUUGAGGAUGAGACUGUAAACACGGAUCUUUGUGAGACGGGAACAAUUCAGCAACUGAUAGGAAUCUUUAAAAAUACAAUAAGCAAGUCUAAUGACAAGGAAGAGGCCAUUGUUUUGGAAAUUCAAUCUGAUAUAUUACUUAUUUCAUCUGGUCUUUGUGAACACAGUAUUCCUAGGAAGGAAAUUUUUGGAACUGAAGGAGUGGAUAUAAUUCUUCAUGUAAUGAAAACAGACCCCAAGAAGUUUCAGAGUGGAUUAGGCUAUAAUGUACUUCUUUUUAGUACAUUGGACAGCAUUUGGUGCUGCAUUUUGGGAUGUUAUACCUUGGAGGAUUACUUUCUUGAAAAAGAAGGCAUUUUUCUCCUUUUGGAUUUAUUGGCAUUGAAACAAAAAAAAUUCUGUAAUCUAAUACUUGGAAUAAUGGUUGAAUUUUGUGAUAAUCCCAAAACUACGGCUCAUGUCAAUGCUUGGCGAGGAAAGAAGGACCAGACAGCUGCUAGUCUUUUAAUAAAAUUGUGGAGAAAGGAAGAAAAAGAACUAGGAGUAAAACGUGAUAAACAUGGGAAGAUAAUGGAUACAAAGAAACCUCUAUUUACUAAUUUUCAAGAAGAGCAAAAAAUCAUUCCACUGCCUGCUAACUGCCCGACUAUUGCAGUUAUGGAUGUUGCCGAGAACAUUAGAGCAAAAAUUUAUGCUGUGUUGGGCAAACUAGAUUUUGAAAAUUUGCCUGGCCUAUCUACUGAAGAUUUUGUCACCCUCUGUAUCAUACAUAGAUACCUUGAUUUUAAAAUUGGAGAAAUAUGGAAUGAAAUAUAUGAAGAAAUAAAAUUAGAAAGCUUAAGACCAAUCGCUACAGAUAAACAUAUUUUGGAAGCUAUUACAGCAGCAUCAGAAAAUAUUGGGAAGAUGGUUGCUUCUCUGCAAAGCGAGAUAAUUGAAACCCAAGCACGCCAAGAUGUGCAAAAUGAACAAAAAGUAUAUACAAAAGUAAGCCAUAGAUACCACAGAGGCACAAGAUAA